AUGGCCACCGGGGGUUUGGCGAAUGUCCUUUACGAGGUCUUCCUUGCAAACAUGUCGCUAUAUGUGAUUAUAUGGUCGUUGUUACUACUACGGUUCUACUUCUUUCCGCACACGUUCAAGGCAUCAUUUCUGCAUCCGACGGAGUCUCUGUUUGUCCCGGCGACCAUAGUGUCUCUUGGGACCAUCCUCAUCAAUAUCUCACAAUAUGGGCCCCCGCAUGCAGGGGAAUGGCUCAACCAUGCGGUCAUCGUACUGUUUUGGUUUUAUAUUGCAUUGGCGGUUACCUCAUCUGCUGGAAUAUAUCUCGUCUUGUGGUCAACACAAUCGUUUACCAUCGCCCAGAUGACGCCAAUCUGGAUAUUUCCAGCUUAUCCCAUGCUGAUUACCGGCCCCUAUGCGAGUGCCCUAAGUGCAAAGCUACCUCAGCCUAAUGCGUGGCGCAUCAUUAUCGGAGGCGUCACCAUUCAAGGCAUUGGUUUCCUAGUGUCGAUGAUGGUGUAUUCCGCGUUUAUCUAUCGAUUGAUGACUCAAAAAUUGCCGAAAGAGAAUCUGAGACCCGGGAUGUUCGUGUCUGUUGGCCCGAGUGGAUUUACCGCUGCAGGGCUUAUUGGCAUGGGCAAAGCUGCUCACCGAGCCGUCCCAACCGGCUUUCUAGGUGAUGGGGCUCUCACUGCAAAGAUUAUGUCCGUUACAGCUUAUUUUGCGUCUCUCUGGAUUUGGGGGUAUGUCUCUCACAAUCUAAUCGGCCCAGCUCUCCAUUAA